AUGGCGGAUCAACAAUACGGAGGUUAUGGUGCCACAUCGGCGGGGUAUGGUGGAGCAGAUCAAGGCUAUGGCCAGCAGGCCUAUGGUCAACAACAACAACCACCACAACAACAACAACCACAGCAGCAACAAGGAUAUGGUGGAUAUGAUCCUAAUGCUUAUGGACAAGGUGGUGCCACAUCUGGACAACAAUCUGGUUAUGAUCAACAAAGUUAUGGUCAACAAGCACAAUCUGGUCAAGGUUAUGGACAGUACAAUCAGGGUGGUUAUGGACAACAAAAUCAAUCAGGCAAUUCUGGAGGGUACGGUGCACAAGGACAACAAGGGCAAGGUGGUUAUGGCCAGCAAGGAGGUUAUGGACAAGCUGGAUCAGCAGGAGGUUAUGGACAGCAGCAACAGCAAGCAGGUUAUGGUGGUGCUGAUCAAUCAGGAGGUUAUGGUGGAGGUAACCAAAGUGGUGGUUAUGGAGGUGGUAAUCAGUCUGGUGGCUAUGGAGGUGGUAACCAGGGUGGUUAUGGUGGUAAUCAAGGUGGUAAUGAAUAUGGCAGUGGAGGAGGUGGUUAUGGAGGACGAAGUGGAGGAGGAGGCUAUGGGUAA